AUGGAAAUAAUCUCAUCUCCUCCAGCAACCUCAACAAACAGUUCGAGAUUGCACUCCAUAGAUGUCCCCGAGUCUGACAUUGGAGCUCAUUUUGGAAUGUUAUUGGAGAAAGAGGAAGGUUCAGAUGUAACUUUCAAUGUGCGUGGGGUAAAGUUUCAUGCUCUCCACGAGUAG